AUGCACUACAUCAGCUUCCUCGCUGGCUUGUCGUCCUUCUGGGCCACGACCGAAGCUGCUUUUGGCCUGACGACGGGUGACGCCACCUACAAGGUAGACACCAACGGCGGUCUGGUGUUUGAAGUGAACAAAUCCAAUGGCGACAUCACGAGUCUCCUUUACAACGAUGUGCAGUACCAAGGAACCUCCAAAAACUCACACAUCAACUCCGGCCUGGGCGAAUCGACGGUGACGGCCGAGACCGUGAAUGGCCUCACUAAGAUCACCGUCAAGGCCGGCUCACAGCCCCUCACUCACUACUAUGUCGCUAAGCCCGAUGAUCCAACCAUCUACAUGGCGACGCACAUCACCGGCGAGAUCAGCCCCGGGGAGCUGCGUUGGCUGGCUCGCCUGAAACGCUCUGCAGUCCCUACAGGGUGGCACGGCGACGUGGCAGAUCUCGACGGCUGCACGGCUUUCGAAGGGAAGGAUACGUUUAGGUGUUCAGAUAACACGACUAGGUGUAAGAUGUACACAUCAGACCGAUUCAUUGAGGACAAGGUCCAUGGUGUGACUGGAAAUAAUGUUGGUGUCUGGAUGAUCAUGCCCGGUAACGCAUAUGAACACUCAGCUGGCGGUCCUUUCAUGAGAGACAUCAACUCCCAGAGCACAGGAGACCAGGAACUGUACUGGUAUAUGAACAGCGGCCAUGUUCGAACUGAGCCGUGGCGUUUCGGUCUCAUGGGACCUUACGCAAUGCGCUUCACGACUGGCUCGCAACCGUCAGCCGACUUGGAUACGAGCUUCUUUGACUCUCUCAGCCUCGAAGGCUAUGUCCCGGAGAGCGGCCGCGGAAGCAUCUCCGGCACAGUGACCGGAGUGACCGGGGCCUCCGAGACCGUAGUUCACUGGUUCAACUCAGACGCGCAGUACUGGACGAAGGCAUCUGAUGGCAAGUUCACCUCGCCGCUCAUGAAGCCUGGGACGUAUACCAUGAAGUUGUACCGCAACGAGUUCCCUAUCGCGCAGGACAACGUCACCGUUGCCGCUGGUGAAAAGGUUGCCAAAGACAUCGCUUCGACCGAGUCGAAGCCCUCGGCCAUCUGGCGCAUUGGUGAAUUUGAUGGGAAGCCCAUGGAAUUGAAAAACGGUGACAAGAUUGAGCGGAUGCAUCCAUCUGACGUACGCAUGGAGAGCUGGGGAGGAACACACACCGUCGGUAAAUCGUCAGCCAAGGAGUUUCCGAUGGCCUUGUUCGCAAAAGCUGGCGGUGUUGCGACGGUCAAUUUCAACCUGGCGGCCGAUCAACUAGACGGCGUAGUUUUGAGGGUUGGAACGACUCUAUCAUUCAAGGGCGGCCGGCCGAACGCGAAGAUCAACGACUGGCAGGCGAGCGAUCCUGGAGCCCCGACUUUGAUUGAUUCCCGUGGGGUAACGAGAGGUGCAUAUCGCGGCUUCGGAGAUGUUUACACGUGGGAUGUGCCGGCUAGUGCCCUCAAGGACGGCGCGAACACACUCACUCUUGGUGUGUUUGGGACCGGUGAUGCUGAGUUCUUGAGCGCAAACUACAUCGUCGACGCGAUUGAGUUGCAAGGCAAGGCGGGUGCUGACAGCCCGAAGUAG